AGACUCCCGCUACUGCAGGGUCUACUAAAACCCUCUAGCGCGCUCUCUCUUUCUCUCUCUAAACCUUUCCUUCUCUCUGGCUCUCUGCCUAUCUUCUGCAAAUGGCCGCUACAGAUUCUACCAUGGAAAAGACGGAGAACGGUUCGGCGUCGGAGACGGAGACUGCACCAGCACCAGCACCAGCACCGUCAACAGGAUCUGAAGCAGUGACGGCGACAUCCGAAGCUGCAACAGCUACCGUGGAGGCGGGUGCUGAUAACGCCACCGAACAACAUCCGGAGACGACGGCGGAGGAGGCUUCCGAACCGGAAGCUCCUGCAACGACGGAGACACCGGCGGAGAAGAAAUGGCCUGGGUGGCCUGGAGACAGCGUGUUUCGUCUCAUAGUACCUGUGCUUAAGGUGGGUAGCAUCAUCGGUCGCAAAGGUGAACUUAUCAGGAAGAUGUGUGAGGAGACUCGGGCUCGCAUUCGCAUCCUCGAAGGCGCUAUAGGCACUGCUGACCGCAUCGUCCUGAUAUCUGGACAGGAAGAGCCAGAAGCACAAAUAUCUCCUGCAAUGGAUGCCGUACUCAGAGUAUUCAAACGUGUUCAAGGAUUUUCAGAGAAUGAGGGCGCAGCAGCUGCUGUAGGUGCUAUUUGUUCAGUCAGGUUAUUGGUUGCAUCAUCGCAAGCCAUUAAUUUAAUUGGAAAGCAAGGGUCUCUGAUAAAGUCGAUUCAGGAGAGCACAGGAGCCACUGUGCGGGUUCUAUCUGGAGAUGAAGUGCCAUUCUAUGCUACUUCCGAUGAGAGAAUUGUAGAGAUACAGGGAGACUCCUUGAAGGUUCUGAAAGCACUAGAAGCAGUGGUUGGACACCUGAGGAAAUUCUUGGUUGAUCAUAGUGUGAUCCCUUUGUUUGAGAAAACUUAUACUGCAACAAUCUCACAAGAUCGUGGGGUAGAGGCCUGGCCUGAUAAAACUCAAAAUAGGCUUCUUACGGCUUCUCAAACUGGUAUUAGCAGUGAUUAUCCAAUUUCUUUGAAGAGGGAUUCUAUAUUUCUUGAUCGUGAAAGUCAGCUGGAUUCCCAAAUUCCACACUCUGGAGUAUCUCUGUAUGGACAAGACCCUGCACUUACUGGCAUGCGCUCAUCAACACUUGGCCGUACUGCUGCUCCAAUAGUUACUCAGAUUACACAGACAAUGCAAAUACCUCUAUCCUAUGCGGAAGACAUUAUUGGGAUUGGAGGAACAAAUAUUGCGUAUAUACGCCGUACCAGUGGAGCCAUCCUCACUGUUCAGGAGAGUAGGGGUCACCCAGAUGAGAUCACUGUGGAAAUAAAGGGAUCCUCAUCUCAGGUUCAGACAGCACAACAACUCAUUCAGGAAUUUAUAAGUAGUCACAAAGAACCUGUUUCAAGCAGCUAUGGCAAGUUGGACACUGGGUUGAGGCCUUACUCACAGCUACCCAAUACUUCAUAUCCAUCAUCAUCCUUGUCAACACAAACGCUUGGUGGAUAUGGAUCCUCUGGAGUUGGAGGAUACAACAGCAGCUACAGGUUUUAAAUAGUUGAACUGUUACUUCGCAUUUGGUUACUUUGCUUCCGCAACCUUUAUUUGUAGCUGCCUCCUGCCUUUCAUUGGAUUCCUAUUUGUAGCAAUUCUGUUGCCCUGUAACUUUUAAAGUCUAGAGAUUUGACCCUUUGUUUUUCCUACCUUAAUUAAUCAUGUUGAUCGAGAAAGUCCACUCUGGUUUUUAGACCUGGCUCUGUUUUGGUCUCAGAAAAUGGAAGGAAAGAAAAUUUAUGGAGGCAAUAGUGAUUGAAUUUAUUUUCCUA